AGCGCGGAGAGCGGAGUUUGAAGGCAGCGUGUGCUCCUUCCGGAGCGGACAUCUUCGAGGCGCGUUCGGGAUUCUCGACGUGGGACGCUUCGUUCUGUUCUGACCAAACGUUGGCAUCAUGGUUAACAGCCGCUCAGCGGAGUCGUCCACCGUAUCUGUGGCUGGCGGGGGCUCACCCACGCGGUCCUGUGCGGGCUGUGGAGGGAAGAUUGCAGACCGCUUCCUGCUGUACUCCAUGGAGCGAUACUGGCACACCCGCUGCCUGAAAUGCUCGUGCUGCCAGGCUCAGCUGGGGGAAAUUGGCACGUCCUGCUUCAGCAAGGGAGGCAUGAUCCUCUGCAGGAACGACUACAUCAGACUUUUUGGACACAGCGGCGCUUGCAGUGCGUGCGGUCAGUCCAUUCCAGCCAGUGAGAUGGUGAUGAGAGCCCAGGGAAAUGUCUACCACCUUAAGUGUUUCACUUGCGCCACCUGCAGGAACAGGCUGGUCCCAGGAGAUCGCUUCCAUUAUGUCAACGGCACCAUCUUUUGUGAGCACGACAGGCCAUCGUCUGGACUGCUGGCCAGCCACCUUCCGUCUCUGCAGCCCAACCCGCUGAUGCCCGAUCAGAAGGUCUGCUGAAGCCCACCCAGGUCGAGCCCUCGCACCCCUUUGUGCCUUUUUCCCCUUUUGCUUUUUGGCCUUUUUUUGUUUUUCUUCAUCUUGUUGGCACCAAAUUGCUUCUCCUGAACAGAGCGGGCGACUUGCCAUCUGAGUGGCAGAGGACAGAAGUGCUUCGCAGGUGGCCGCCUGGCGGGGUGUGCUGGACCACACCUGUCUGACCUGCGUGACGACGGUGGUGGGCUGAGUGGUAGUGCCAUGUCGGUUGGUGGCGUGCCCAGCAGGGUCACCGACUCGGCCCGCCGCGCUGUCGACUCUUCUUCUCUUUGGGUUAAAGUUUCUUUUGCUCUUUGCGCAUGUAGCUUUUUAUUUUAUUUUUUUAUACUCUUGUGUCACUGGGUGGGUGGGGGGUGUGGGUGCCCGCGGGUGGGAUGAGAAUCUCUCUGUAUAGCAACAUUGAAGUGCUUUUGUAUUAAAUUUUAUUUUGCUGUUGUGGAUGUACAGCUUGGUGAGGUUUGUAAAUAUUCAGAGUGUUGUCUUCCUCGUUUUGAGGAUUUCUUUUCAGAUUGUUCACAAUAAACUUGUUGAAGUACUGAGUU